AACAUUGGAAAUGAAGGGGACGAGGGAUGAUGGAUGGUUGGAUGUCGACCAACCAUGUCAGAUUGGACUUCGUUUCAGAUUGCUCCCAAUCCACCCAAAACCACAUCUCUACGCUGCAUCUCCUCUCUCACUCUCUCAAUGGAGGGAGCACUCUUCUCAAGCCGUCCAGCUUUCCCAACACAGACAUCGAAAACGCCGAGAAAACCCUCGACCAACCAUCCAAAGUUCAACCCACCACCACCUCCUCCUUCUCAUUCCGUCCCCUUGGACUCCCUCCUGCACCAUCUCCAGCAUCUCACUCAAGAGACCUCCACCACUCUCCACCCACCUCAACCAACCAAUAAAAAUCCCAACUUUCCUUCUUUGCGCCUCGCUUCGACCACAAUUCACCGCGAAAAGGCACCUCCGGCGUCGCGCCCACGGCUCGCCGUCAGCGAAAAUGGUGUUCUGUUCCUGCGGGACCCUCGCCUGGGCUUCCUUUCCGGCGCAGGCAAGUCUUUGCUUAGAUCCAUCGUCGAACAGCCUCCUCUUGAUUUGGUGUCCCUGCUGGAAUCCAAAAAAGAUGAGAUUUUUGGCGUGGAUUGGGUCAGCCUCCUGAAGGCGCUCGAGAUCUUGGGCAACUGGGAGAAGGCUCUCGCCUUGUUUGAAUGGGCUGGAUCCGGUUCCAAUGCGGAGGGAUCCAGGUUAGACGCCCCGGCGAUCGAGGUGGUGAUCAGGGCGUUGGGUAGGCAUUCGCAGCACUCGAUCGCCUCGAAGCUGUUCGACUCUAUUCCUCUGGAGGAAUACUGCCUUGAUAUCCGCGCUUACACUACCCUGCUUCAUGCCUUGUCUCGGACUGGCAAGUACCGCAAAGCGGUCGCGUUGUUUAAGCAGAUCAAAGCCAAAGGGUUAUCGCCUACCUUGGUCACCUACAAUGUGAUUCUUGAUGUAUAUGGCCGUAUGGGGCGGUCUUGGAGUAAAAUUUUGGAAAUUUUGGAUGAAAUGAAGAGCAGAAAUGUGGGUAUUGAUGAGUUCACCUGUAGCACUGUCAUAUCAGCCUGCGGAAGGGAAGGUUUGUUGGAGGAGGCUUCCAUGUUUUUUGAACAAUUGAAGCUGCAGGGCUAUGUUCCAGGCACCGUCGCAUACAAUUCACUGCUCCAGGUGUAUGGUAAAGCUGGAAAGUAUCCGGCGGCCAUGGGGGUAUUGAAGGAAAUGGAGGACAAUAACUGCCCAGCAGAUGCAGUUACCUACAAUGAGCUUGUGGCGACCUAUGCUAGAGCUGGCUUUUAUGAAGAAGGGGCAGCAGUAUUAGACGCAAUGGCUAGUAAAGGAAUCAUGCCUAAUUCUGUUACCUACACCACUGUGAUUAGUGGAUAUGGAAAGGCGGGAAAAGAGGAUGAAGCUUUGGCUUUGUUUGAUCGGAUGAAGAAGUUGGGUUGUGUUCCUAAUACUUGUACAUACAAUACGAUUCUUGGAAUGCUUGGAAAGAAAUCAAGGACAGGGGAGAUGUUGGACAUACUCUCCGACAUGAAGUCUAAUGGUUGUGUCCCAAAUAGGGUCACAUGGAACACAAUGUUGGCUAUGUGCGGGAAGAGGGGAAUGGAGAAUUAUGUCAGCCAAGUAUUUGAUGAGAUGAAGAAAUCAGGAGUUGAGCCGGACAGGGAUACCUUCAACACCUUGAUUGCUGCAUAUGGCCGGUGUGGGUCUAGCACCCAAGCUUUGCAGAUGUAUGAUGAGAUGGUCAAGGCAGGUUUUAGUCCUUGUACCACUACAUACAAUGCACUCUUGAAUGCAAUAGCUAGGAAAGGUGAUUGGAUAGCUGCGGAGUCUGUCAUAUUAGAUAUGAAGAAGAAGGGCUUCAAGCCUAAUGAACUUUCAUACUCUUUGUUGCUUCAAACUUAUGCUAAAGGAAGGCAUAUAAAAGGGAUACAGGCAAUUGAAGAAGAAGUUUAUGAUGAUAAAAUAUUUCCCAGCUGGGUGAUUUUAAGAACACUUAUUAUUGUCAACUUCAAGUGUAGAAUGCUAAAUGGCACAGAGAAGGCUUUUGAGGAGCUGAAGAGGAAUGGUUACAAGCCUGACUUGGUAAUCCUUAAUUCUAUGCUUUCAAUUUAUGCAAAAAAUGGGAUGUACGAUCGUGCUCGUGAAAUGUUUGACUUGAUUCAUCAGUUUGGAUUGCGACCUGAUCUCAUAACUCAUAAUAAUAUUAUGAACAUGUAUGCAAGAGGUGGAGAGUGUUGGGAAGCAGAAGACAUACUCAAGCAACUUGAAAAGUCAGGACUAAAGCCUGAUGUAGUGUCCUACAACACUGUAAUUAAUGGAUUUUGCAAGCAAGGUCUCAUGACUGAGGCCCUAAGGAUUCUAUCAGACAUGAUGGCUAAAGGAGUUACCCCUUGCAUGGUCACUUACAACACCUUCAUUUCUGGUUAUGUGAGCAAGGACAUGUUCAAAGAAGCUGAUGAUGUUAUUAGCUACAUGAUACAGCAUAACUGCAGGCCUGAUGAACUAACCUACAGGAUAAUUGUUGAUGGUUACUGUAAAGCCAAGAGAUAUGAGGAGGCUAUGGAGUUUGUGUCUGGGAUCUUAAAUAUGGAUUCAUCUUUUUCUGAGCAAUCAGUGAAUAAGCUAACUCUCCGGGUAGAAGAGAAUAAGUCUCGGCAUUGAUCCGUGCUCCACCAUUGCUGUUUGCAUAUUCUGAUUACUUGAAGAGCAUAGAGAACAUAGACUAUAAGCUUUGCCUUUGCGGAGCAUUUUGGUUCAACUGGGUGAUGUUUAAGCUGUAUGUUUAGGAGCAGAAUUUCAAUGAUGUAGGCUUGGCGGCACCAUGAGUAUAGCUCUAGGCGAGGAAGGAAGCAAUAUAUUGGUAGCUGACUUUUCUAUCUACUCUUCCAUCUACCUACUGUUUUCCAUUUCUAAACAACAACCAGCCCCUCGGAGCAGCUAGCUAUUUUUUCCAUCAUGUAAGAACUCUAGAAGUUUACAGUAUGCUUUUUUCAUGUAUUCAAUUGUUUUUACCUAUUGUUUGCCUUUCAACGUAUACUGUCUGAAGAGUUACCUAUUUAAUUGCAUAAUUGUCUAACAUUAUUGAGGUACAUGCAUCUGUUUUUUUUCUUUUUUUGCUACUGUAAAGUGUUGAUUGAGGAAAUUAUGCCUCAUAUCAAAAUGCACAAAUAUUGUCAUAUACUUCAUAAUUAUGUUAUAUCUGCUUGUUACCUGAGGUAUAUGUAGUAUACUUACCAAUAUUUUGCACAUAUGCCCCGAAAGGUAGUUGUUUCCUUUUGUACUGCCUUCAAAAUUUUACAAUUUUCUUGUAUACACUUCUAACAUAACAUUUCAUAUUAACACUUCUUCUGGACAUGGGCCUCUUCAUUGCAUGCCAUAAUUUCUUUAGACUUAUUGCAGAUGCUUUGCACACAUUGGUAGGCAAGCAGGAAAGUUCAUCAUUAAACAAAUUCAACCACUUCACUGGAGAUAAUUGUUUCUGGCCAUUGACUAGUUUUAGAUAACCUGAUUUUGAAUCACCAUUUGGAUAUCUCAAAAUGAAGAGAUAGCUAAUUACAUCCUUUGAGGUCUGCUUAGACCAUCAAGUAAAUCAGUCCAAAAGGGCAAUACAGGAGAAGGAUGUCCUGUUUAGCUUGAGUUUACUGGCAACUGUACAAGAGGCAGUCCCUGAUCAAAACCAAAAGGGUGUUAUAUGGUUAGUUUCCCACUGUUUUUUAAAUUGGGUGAACACCACCUAUGUAGAAGAUUCCACACUAUAGGUACAGCAGCAUGCCCUGAGUCUCAAUGUUGUAUAAAGUUUCCCCUAUGCAUUAUAAAUGUUAGAAAGAAGAAAGUACAAGCAACACAUAAAUUUCAACCCAAGUUUAUAUAAGGUAUGACAGGGUAGCAUUUUUAGUGCCGAAUCAUUGUGACUAUUUUGUUAUCACCUUUUCUUUCUCUUUACUCAAAAUAUAUCACAUAUGCUUCAGCAAUUCUACCAUUUUCUGGGGACAAUUGGAGAAUUGCUGGAACAAGGUUUAGUUGUAAGAAUCAUUCAGAUGAUGGUUUGGUCUUUAUCUGGUGCACUAGACAGCAAUGUCGUUAAGUUCACUUCCAUGAAAGUUUGAGAUUAUUGAAGAGCAGCAGAGUUUGGGUAUCGCAUUUCUUGUGACUUCUAUUUGAUGCACUUGUGUUUGUCAAUCUAUGAUCUACUUUACUAGUAUUUAGUAAAUGAGGCUGCACAGUGGUUUGUCUUUCUCCCUAGUUCCAAUUAAGGUGACCAUUAUCUGAUGUUCCUGAAAAAUACAAUAUCAUUUCAGUGCACAAUUUCACCUUUAAUUCAUGUAGGUUUGAAGUGCACACAAGAUAAUAGGCUGUGUAAAUUAGGUCUUGUGCUUGUCUGUGUACCAGUGUAGCACUUGAACUAUAUUGGUUGUGUUUGAACUACCUGAUAUGGUGAUUGCGCAUACCAAAUUGCCCUUCUCAACUCAUAUUCUACAAACUUCUAGUACUAAGAUAAGGUGAAACAGGAAGACAGGGUAUAGAUAGAUAUGCAUGCAAAGUUGGCCAGUCCAAGAUUCCCCAAUAGUACAAUAUGGCAAAAAGUGGGAGGAAUGAUAUAGGGGAAGCCUAACAAAGCAUUGUAUCUUUUCUCUUUUUCUCUUGUGGCUACACAAGGCCAGUCCUACGAGUGAUGCCUUUGAUGACUUUACAGGUUUCCAAGGUGCUUGGAUUUGAGAGGAAAGACCAAACAGGAAAUGGGUGUUGCAUAUCUAAAGCUAGUUUAAGACAUUAUUUUAUUUCAUUGCUCCAUUAAUUCCAUCUACUGGGGCCUUGCACCACAAACACUGAAUGCCAAGGCAACUUUUCUCAAGGUAUUCUUCUCACUAAGUGAACAGGUCUAAGCCACCAGAGCUUGCUUUCUCUUCUGCAAAGCUUUUACUUUUAACACUACUAAUUCAUGUGAAGACUUUUAAUUUGCAUAGUCUCAGUCCUUCCGAAGAUGUGGAUAUGGAUAGAACUUGAAUAAGUCUCUUGGUGGUGGUUGGCUCCAUUAAUAACAUAUCAUCAUCUUCUGUUAUAAACAUAACAUAUGGAUUUUAUGGAUCAAGUUCACAGCUAAAGCAUAUGAGCUACUUUCAGUAUUAGCUUUCCAGUUUUUGUUUUUGUUUUUUGGUCAUAAAAUGCACUUCCAAUCUUGUGUUUAUGUGUUCCUCUCCUGAAUUGUAAUUUUUGGUGAUGGUGGUUUAUGAUUUUGGUAUUGGAGUGUCAUCAUCCCCGCAUCUUGUUCUUUUGUAGCAUCUGUACUUGCCAGGAAUGGUUUCAGAGCAUCAUGGAUUUUGGAACAGUUGCAUACUGGCAGGCUUUUUCCACAACAUUUAAGACUCUGCUCAUGGCUUGUCAGCAACAGCUAACUACAUUACUAGCACGCUUCUUAUUUGGCUGUCAACCUCAAGUUGAUGUGCCAAUGAGCACAAAGGACUCAAUAGCAUGCAGUGACUGAUAUCACAGUUCUUUUUGCCUUUGGGCUACAAGAUUUUUCUGCACCAUAUUUACAAGGACCUUUGAUGCUUGACAUGUGCUGUACCCAUUCACCAGAAUGCAAUGGAUUUACAUGAAUCACUAUCUGAUAUCAUUUUGACGCAUAACAUAAUGUUCAGCUGAUUGAGGAACACAGUAUCACCAUAGAGUUUUUUUUUAUGUUGUUGAUGUUAUGUUGAGUACAUCAAAAAGAUUUCAAAGAUGCUGUCUAGAAGUAUUGCUACCAGAUCAGCUGAUAAAGAUAGAUACGUGGGGCAUAAAUCAUCCAUGUUGACAACUUGUUCUCACAGUUUCAAAUGCAUGAGAAAGAAAGCAGCCUUCUCCUUCAUUUGUUUGGCAAGCAAUGAAGCCAAUUAGUACACCAGCAGAGGAGAUGCACCCCCAGUGGGUGAAAAGAGGUAAAUGUGUUUGGAUUAGAUGAUUUGGCCAAGCUUCUUUUUCUCUUUUUCUCCCACCCACUUUUCAUUUAUUGUGUCUGGUGCUGCUGGUCUUUUGUGAGGUCAAAAGGUGGUUUUAGGAGAAGAGUUUCAUUGAGGUUCA